CGAAAGCAACGAGGCGAAAUUGUUGCUAAAAUAAAAACAUCAAAAUAGUUCUUAUUUGUUCAGAUUUAAUGUAAAUUUGGUUGUAUUUGAGAGUUGUUGUCGGAAGCAACAAUCGCGGCGAUGUCAUAAACAGAAAGUUGCAUCAAGAAAAUAAUAUAGAAAAUUUACCAACGCAUAACAGUACAACAUUGUGCAACUUCAAUAAGAUUAUAAAAGUAAUAAAAAGUGUUCAAUAUUUCAUUCCUUGAAAGUGAAUUUGAGUUCAGUGAAUGGAGCAAAGCGAAGAACAAAGCGAAAGCUUGGAUCAGGGGGCCAACGUAUUAGCGACCGUAUCAAGAGCGAUGGCAAUGCGUGAAGAAGCAAAUGCGGCGGUAGUAGUGCCACUGGAGUCUGGACAAAAUUUGGUUUUGCCCGCAACGUCAGUGUCUGCAUCAUCAAUUGCAACAACAACAACAACAGGCGACAUUGCAAAUGCAACUGAUGCCGUAAUCGAUCUUUGCAACACUAGCCCAGCCCCUUCUACCUCGAAAUCAGCUGCCGCCGCCAUAGCCGUAGAUAAUAGUCCUGAGGAGCAGUCGCAGGGUGGGGAGGACGCGGCCGGACCUUCAACCACAAUCGAAUGCCCAAUAUGCCUACAAACUUGUAUACACCCCGCCCGUCUGCCAUGUGGGCAUAUCUUUUGUUUCCUGUGCGUGAAAGGCGUCGCUUAUAAAAAUCGGCGUUGUGCUAUGUGUAGACGUGAAAUACCGCCUGAAUUCCUUGACCAUCCUGAUCUGGUAAAUGGCAUCGAUGACAUUUGUGCAACUAAAUCCACCGAAGAUGGUUAUCAGUGGUUCUACGAAGGAAGAAAUGGUUGGUGGCAAUAUGACGAUCGUACCAGCCAGGAUAUUGAGGAGGCAUUUAAGAAAGGAGAAAAAUCCUGUAUCAUAUUGGUCGCUGGCUAUGUGUACGUAGUCGACCUGGAAACAAUGGUGCAACAACGCCAAAAUGAGCCUAGUCGUUGCCGACGGGUUAAGCGUGAUCUUGCCACGAUACCGAAAAAAGGUGUAGCUGGGUUGCGCAUCGAGGGAAACACUGUUAUAACCGACUCAAAUUUUGCUUCACAAAUCUACCAACAACAACAAAGUGUAGCUAUAGGUCUUGGUGCCUCGAAUACACCAACAGAUUCCUCAUCAGAUCUCAGCCUACCACUAAACUACUAUAACAUGCGCCACCCGGCCAAUGCGAGCGAUUUCAUUUCAACUAUUGCCGCCACUGAUGCGGCCAUACGUAUAGCAAGCGAUAUAAUCGGAUCCACAUUAGCCCAUGCUGAUGAACUUUCGCGCAACACAGCAGCAGUAGUGGCUGCUUCAGCUCAACAACACACAGAGGAUGAUGAACGCACUGCACAACAUCAGUUGAGUGGUGAGAAUACAGGGAAUUAUAGUGGCAGCUAUCACCCAACGGGUAACAGGGCGACUGGCACCUCCACGUCAUCCGGUCAUGGGAGUGGCAGCGUGUCUGCUACGGCGCUUGUUGCGCAUGGUAGUCGGGAGUUGCUUGAUGCAGCCGAAGAUCUACUCGAUGCGACACAAAAUUUGAUUUCCGAGGCUGAUCAACAGACAAUAGAUCUGUUUGAGCAAACAUUGAACGAUUUCCAUGCGCUGACAUUACGCAACAUCAUCGACUCGGACAGCGACGAAGAGAAUGGCGGUGACGUGGAUGGCCGCUAUGCACAGCGUCAUAUACGAUUCUAGAAGUGCAAAGGGAAAAUUAUAUAGAAUUGAAAACAUUCACACAUUCACUCAUACACACACACACGCAAACAAUGUUUGCAAUUUGCGUAGGGAAGUGUGCAUUUAGGAUAAAAGUAUUUGGAGCGCGGUGAAUUUUACUGUAUGUAAUUCUGUGUGUACAGAAUUGGUUAGCUCAGUAGACAAGGUGUUCUGCCUAUAAUCAUAAUACAUAAAUGUUUGUAUGUAUGUGUGUGCCGGUGUGUUUAAUCCUUAGCGAUAAUUUAAAUACUGAAAAUUCUAAGCGAGUUAUAAUUGAUUAAUAUUUUAGGUUUAGAAAUGCAGAAAAUGCAUCAAAACUAGUAUUUACAUUAUAAAUAAACUUAAAUGUUCGCUUGUAUAGAAAAGUAGUAAAUGUAUUUAAUUGCAAUAGAAGAAGAAGAAUAACAGAAUUGACAACUAAAAGACAUGUACCUGGCAAACGUAAAUAUUUUGAGCAUUCAAAGUCGCUAUUUCCUAGUUUGGACAAAAUGAAGAUGUCAUAAAUAGCAGCUGUAAGGUAUUUCAUCUAUAAUAAAGUUUACCAAGCUGAAAAAUAAAGAUAUAUGCAAAAAAUUAAAAGUGUAGAAGUGUAGAGUCUCUCCGGUUCGAAAAAACGGCCAAUAAUAUUAUUUUUAUGAAUAACAAACACAAGAAAUGCUUACCUACAAAAAUAUCGUCGGCUGCAACUCAUUAAACAUAUUCUAAAUAUUUAGCUAAGAAAAAUACAAUAUUACAUACAUACAUACAUAACUUAUAGGGUGUAGAGAAUAUGUAGUGUAGAUGAAAAACAAGUUGUUAAUUACAUUGACACGCAAUAAUGCUUCCAAUAGAUUUUUUUUUUAAAUAUGAAGUGAUCUCUAAAAUUGAUUCAGAAAAUCAUUAUGAUCCACGAUAUAUGGGUCUAUCUGCAGUACAAGAAGAGUCUGAAUUCAUAUCCGGCCAAGGGCUAACGUUCGAGCAGCAUUUCCUAAACCUUUAUGCUGUUAGAGCAACAACGACCGACGUAGGUCACAGUAGCAGCAGCAUUCCUCAAAAGUGUUUAUUCUAUGACAACACAUCGAUUGCUGUGUUUUUUCAACUGUUCUUGGCCAGAUGCACGGAAUUCGGGAAUUUCUCCAUGUACUGCCCCCUGCAUGAGCUUUAAGGUGCUUUCCAAAGUAAGCAGGUAUUUUUUUUAAAUAAGCAGCUCCUUUUUGAUUUAAUCCCAAAUAGUUUUCCUUCCAAACAAUACAACAAUUUUCACGGUCUAAAAGCAAAUUGCGGCCGCCGUAGCCGAAUGCGUUGGUGCGUGACUACCAUUCGGAAUUCAGAGAGAACGUAGGUUCGAAUCUCGGUGAAACAUCGAAAUGAAGAAAAACAUUUUUCUCAUAGCGGUCGCCCCUCGGCAGGUAAUGGCAAACGUGCGAGUGUAUUUCUGCCAUGAAAAGCUCCUCAUAAAAAAUAUCUGCCGUUCGGAAUCGGCUUGAAACUGUAGGUCCAUCCUCCAUUUGUGGAACAACAUCAAGACGCACACAACAAAUAGGAGGAGGAGCUCGGCCAAACUCCCGAAAGGGGUGUACGCGCCAAAUAUAUAUAUAAAAGCAAAUUAAAUGAAUGUUUUGAUCAUUCGCCGCGAUGUUCAUCACGAUUGUCAAAAUCACCAAGCGUGAAAAUCAAACGAAUACGGUUAGCAUAUGAUAGUAAGCUACUACAACAAUAACAACAACAGUUAACAGUUAAAAGUCGUUAAACCGAUAUUGCCAGUGCCAAUGUAGUUUUUUCUUUGAUGUUUAAAAAUGUAUAUAAAAUUUUACAUUAACGAUUUGGCUUGUGAAAUGAGGUCUUGAUGGCCAAAGCCUGUAACUUGAAUGCAAAUCAGAGUACCCAUCACUUUUUACUCCAUUUUUUUUUCGUUUUGAUUUUGGCUCACCUGAUGCAUUUAUACGGCGCUCUGGGGCUUACAUAAAGUUAAAAACAGAACUGAAUUUUAGUGCUUCGCUCGAUGCUGAUUUUAAUACCGAUGACAGAUGCGCAAUAAUAGCGCUUCAUUAGCAUUUGAAAAAAUUGUUCACCUUCAAAUUCCAAAAAACUUAAAAAAAUCUUUA